AUGUUGGCUAUGGCCGCAUCAUUUGGGCUGUAUGGGCUUCAAAUCGCCGCCAUGAACGCCGGUUGGUAUCACCAUAUUUGGGACGUGCCAUACGAACAGUUCGUAAUAACGAAGAAAAUUGGCUUAUCGAUUCAAUCCUUAUACCCUUGGAUCCUCGGAUUUAUGAAAAUAUCCAUUCUUCUUUUCUACUUGAGACUUUCAGUUUCUCCUCCGUUCAGACUCGUCGUAUAUAUCACGCUAGGUUUCAUGGCAUUAUACACGGUUGCAUCUUCAAUGGCGAUUCUGUUCCAGUGCUGGCCAUUCAACACCAGACUUGGGGACCCAACAGGAUCAUGCGUAAACUUCAUUGCGCUGAAUUAUACGAUUGCAAGUCUGAAUAUAGCAACAGAUGUCUUUGUGUACUUGCUGAGCUGGGUCAUGGUCCGCCACCUCAAAGUUUCGACGGGACAAAAGAUAGUAGUUCUAGUUAUCUUCUCUGUCGGAGCCCUUGUUUGUAUUUUCUCUGGUCUCCGUUUCUAUUACCUUCGAGACUAUUGGAACUCUUCAGACCCGACUUGGGUCGCCUAUAGCGUUUCUGCAAUGUCUUCGCUCGAGGCAAAUGUCGCCAUCAUAACUUCUAGCGCUCCCGCGGUCAAACCAUUGGUUAUUAGGCUUUUCCCACGCUGCAAGUUCUUAAAUACUCUCCAGGAUAGUGCAAAAGGCACAUAUGGCGGAUUUAGCCACACUCCCAAUAACGGAGGCAGCAGCGGCCCAGGCACCAUCGGAGGCGAUGCCGAAAAAUUCGAGAGCAAAUUCGACACCACGGCUCUCAUCCCUCCAUUCGAAAGUCAUACUACCACAAUGAUCGGCAGCAACAUCGACAGUAGUAUCGGCCGUAGUAGAAGAGAACUCAGCGACGAAGAUCUCGGCUUUCCAGAUGGUUUUGAUGGGAAAUACGGCCCACCACCAACUAAUUGGGAUGAUCAUGCACCUGCUGGUUCAUCUACACCAGGAAGUUCUCAUGCUGGCAUGAGCUUCACUGAGCACACACCUGUGCCAAGGAUCGGGCAAAGGGUGAGUGAUAUGGGGUGGGUAGAUAGGGAAAUUAGUAUGGCGAGUGAUGGAAUGGAUCUUGAGAGUUUUAAGAAGGGGAAUAUGAAUGCUAGGAUGGAUCUUGUGGAUGCAUUACGUGGGGGGCCGGUGGGUAUUAUUCCGGAGCCGCCUGGUGGAUCGCGAAGGCAGAGCGAAGCACCCUUCUCACAUUUUUACAAUCAAUAG